UCAGGCUUUCCACAAUAAGGCAUGCCGGAAAAUUACCUGAUAGCGCCCGGAAUAAAAUUCAGGCAAACCGUAACCAUUUUCUACUCGGGUCCUCGAAAUCGAUCCCGCAAAAGUGAAAGUAAUCCAAGGUACAGGUUCUGCUGCAAUAGUUUCUAACCAUCUAAUGACUUCGUCCACAGCUGAUAUGGAAAAAGGAUCAGAGGACUCUCAAUUUAAGAAUGUUUUGAUCCCGUCUUCAUCAUUUUCGCAAAAUUUUGUACAGACACAACGUAAUGCAACUUCGCCAAUGCUUUUAAAUCCAUUCACGCAGCCAUUCACGCAGGCACUGGAUUUAAACUCUAACGACAAGAAUGCUUUAAUAGCACGAAGCAAAUGUCAUCUUUUAUUGGGCAAUCCACGAAAGGCGCUGGAUGAUGCUGAAAUGGCAUUACAAGUGAAUCCUAAAGAUUCCAGUAAUGCUAAAGCGAUAUACUGCAAGGCAGAAGCUCUUUAUCAUCUGGGUGACUUUGAAAUGAGCUUGGUGUAUUAUUAUCGUGGAAUGAGAAUUCGUCCAGAGUUUGGCCAAUUUCGUCUUGGUGUUCAAAAAGCAAAAAAUGCAAUACAGAAAGUGUUACGUAAGAAUUAAAGCGU